AGCUUCUGGUUCGUCUGGCCCUGGAAGACUCGGAUUUUCGACAGGAGUCAUGGCUGAGGACGCCAAGGUUGAGGAGAAGGACAACUUCGACGUGGGACCCCUGUCAGUACUCCAGAAGUGCGUGAAGGACAACUCGCAGGUGCUCAUCAAUUGCCGCAACAACCGAAAGAUCCUCGCGCGUGUGAAAGCCUUCGACCGCCAUUCCAACAUGGUGCUGGAGAAUGUCCGGGAGAUGUGGACUGAGGUGCCACAUGGGGGAAAAAAGAAGGCCAAGCCUGUGAACAAGGACCGCUUCAUCAGCAAGAUGUUCCUUCGUGGAGAUUCUGUGAUCCUGGUGCUGCGCAACCCCAAGUGAAAGAGACAUCGCUGUGAGCUUUUUGCCGCGUGCAGGGCGGCUGACAGGGGCUGGCAUGGCUGUUGGAAUCACACAAGCCACAAGCC